AAACAAAACAAAAGGAAAGAGAUUUGAGAGAGAGAGAGAGAGAGAGAGAGAGCACCCCAGGUCCUCCCCCGCAGAGCCACUGUCGCCAUCACGUAUUCAGGCCAGCAACCCAAAAAACCCGCGACCCGACCCAGCAACAAUUAUAAUUGUAAAAGCAAAAAAGCUUUUACAAAUGAGUGCAGGUGGAGCAUUUGGCGGCAAUAGGGGACUGAGACCAGUACCUCCAGAAAAAGGAAUCUUCCCUCUGGACCACAUGCAUUUAUGUGACCUGGAAAAGAAAGAAUACCUUAGCUGUCUAAAAUCUUCUGGCCAUACUUCUGAAAAAUGUAGGCACUUGUCAAAGAAGUAUCUGCAAUGUCGUAUGGAAAAGAACUUGAUGGCAAAGCAAGACAUGUCAGAACUAGGAUUUGGGAAGGAAAGCAACAUGGAAGCUUCUGGACAGAAAGUUAAUGAGAGAAUUGAUAACCAAAGCUGAAAAUAAAUUGAGAGUAAGACUGUGUUAUGCGAAGUUGGAAGAGCUUUUUUCUCUUCAGAUAAGAUUCUCUGUGAAUGCCUUUUCCAUAUGAAUGGUAUAUACUAUUGCAGGGAAAAUUGGAAAUACAUGUAAAACAAUCAAAAUUGAGAGGGAGGAUGGGUGGGGAGGGAAUUUUGCUUCUGUUAUUGAAGUCAGUGAAGGUUGAGUAAAGAUGUUAAAUAGGUAAUUGGACAUGAAAGAGGUGGAAGCAAGAGUUAGAUUUGGUACUCUAAGAUGACUUUCACAGGAGGAAAAACAAAAACAAAAAGAAGAAAAGAAUUUACAUUCCUCCAAACUUUUUUUUUUUGGGCAAAAUUUAAAUAAUGUUCUUUAGGUGUUGUAUCUUAAGUUUUCUAAUUAAAUUUAACGAUGUGGUUGCAUUGACCAACGAAUUACAUAUUGAAUUUAUUAUCUUUGGAAGAA